UUGGGAUGAAACUCAUUUUGGAAAGAUGGGAAGUUACUACAUUAAUCGAACCUUCUUCUUUGAUGUCCACCCCCCUUUGGGGAAGAUGCUGAUUGGACUUGUGGGCUACCUUAGUGGAUAUGAUGGUACGUUUCCUUUCCAAAAGCCAGGGGACAGGUAUGAGCAGCACAACUACGUGGGAAUGAGAGGGUUCUGUGCAUUCCUUGGCUCCUGCCUGGUUCCCUUUGCCUACCUCACUGUGCUGGAACUGUCAAAGUCACUGCCAGCAGCCUUACUGACAGCUUUCAUCCUUAUUUUUGAUACAGGCUGUAUUACUUUGUCCCAGUAUAUUCUGCUGGACCCCAUUCUGAUGUUCUUCCUCAUGGGAGCUGUUCUGAGUAUGGUGAAAUGUAACAGCUGUGCAGACAGGCCAUUUUCUGCCUCCUGGUGGUUCUGGCUGAGUCUGACUGGCGUGAACCUUGCUGGAGCAAUGGGGGUAAAGUUUGUUGGCCUUUUUGUAGUCCUUUUGGUUGGCCUGAACACAAUCUAUGACCUAUGGGACUUGUUGGGGAACCUCAGCCUGUCACUGGUCAUGUUUGGGAAGCAUUUACUGGCUCGUGUACUCUGCCUCAUCCUGCUCCCACUUGCCCUCUACACGGCUGUGUUUGCUGUUCAUUUUACAGUAUUAAAUAAAAGUGGUCCUGGGGAUGGUUUCUUCAGUUCAGCAUUUCAGUCCCAGUUGAUCGGAAACAAUCUUCAUAACGUCUCCGUUCCAGAGCACUUGGCAUACGGGUCUGUGGUCACAAUAAAGAACCUUCGGAUGGCAGGGGGAUACCUUCACUCUCACUGGCACCUGUAUCCGGAGGGUGUUGGAGCUCGCCAGCAGCAGGUCACUGCCUACUUACAUAAAGAUUUGAAUAACCUGUGGAUUAUAAAGAAACAUGAUUCAGAUACAGAUCUGUCAGACCCCUCAAGCCCUGUGGAGUUUGUGAGGCACGGAGAUACUAUUCGUCUGGAACACAAAGA